UGGAGCUGCGCUCGCGCUGAGAAUACACAGGACUCCUGUGUUGCCGGAAAGCUGCUCUGCGCAAAUGUCCGCGUUUAAAGAAUGAAAACAUCGGACUGUAGCUGCUGCACAGGAAGCGCAGGAGCGGAUCCUCCUUAAACGAUUUUGACAUGAAGAAGGAUAUAGAGGUGCUGAUAGCAGAGGAACGCGCACAGAUCAUCUGUAAAUAUGAUAAGGGCAGGGAGGAGGGUGUUGAGAUCGACCCUUGGGAAGAUGCAGACUACAGCAUUUACAAGGUCACGGAUCGCUUCGGCUUCCUGCAUGAGGAAGAGCUCCCCACUCCAACUCUUCUUGAAGAGAAGCAAAAGCAGCUAGAGGUUGAACGCGUACAGAAAUGGUUGAAGAUGGUCAGAAAAUGGGAGAAGUACAAAAACAGCGAGCGGAUGAUGAAGAGGGUGUACAAGGGGAUUCCACUACAGCUGCGAGGUCAAGUCUGGAGCCUACUGCUGGACGUGGAGAAAGUUAAGAAAGAGAAUGAAGGGAAAUACGAGAGAAUGAUAGAACAAGCCAAGGUCUACUCCACAGAAAUUAAACAGAUUGAUCUCGAUGUGAACAGGACGUUCCGAAACCAUAUCAUGUUCAUGGAUCGAUUUGGAAUAAAGCAACAGUCUCUGUUCCACGUGCUUACUGCAUACUCCGUAUACAACACGGAGGUGAGCUACUGCCAGGGUAUGAGUCAGAUAGCUGCCAUUCUGCUGAUGUACAUGAAUGAGGAAGAUGCAUUCUGGGCCAUGUCCCAACUGCUGACCAAUCAGAAACACGCCAUGCACGGCUUCUUUAUCCCUGGAUUUCCCAAACUGCAGAGAUUCCAGAACCACCACGAUCAGAUUCUGUCCAAACUCCUCCCAAAGCUGAAGAAGCAUCUGGACAAGGAGCAGAUGUUCAGCGGCAUUUACAGUACUAAAUGGUUCCUACAGUGUUUUAUUGACCGGACGCCUUUCACCCUGACCUUGCGCCUAUGGGACAUCUUUAUUCUGGAGGGGGAGAAGAUCCUCACAGCCAUGGCCUACACCAUCCUUAAACUGCACAAGAAGCGUUUGUUGAAGAUGUCACUGGAGGAGCUGAGAGAGUUCCUACAGGAGAAGAUUGGUGAAUCCUCCGAGCUUCGUGAUGAUCUAGUCAUCGAGCAGCUUCAGGUCUCCAUGACAGAGUUGCGCAAAAUGAAGCUGGACCUUCCUUCUCCAGCUAAGCCCGAUGAGCUGCCACGGAAACCACUCGGGGUGGAGCGGCCUGUCCUGUUGACCCCUGUGCGACCCCACAACCUAACCCUGGAUCAGGAAACACCAGACAAGAGCCAGCUAGCCAAACGACCUCCAGCUUCGCUCCAGAUCUCACUCCAGGAGUCGAUUGUUCCUGAUCAGGGCUUCCCAGAAGAUAAGUGGCCCUACCAGGAUAGGGAAAUCGACAGCGUAUCUCCAUUUCCCUCCCCUGACCCGGUACUAGUGCAUACUGAAAUUGUUUUUGGCCCAGAUGGAGUGAUAGAAGCUCCUGAAGAGCAGCCGCCACCCUAUGAGCCUCCAAAAAAUCCUGAACCAGAUGACUCUCCAGUUCCUUCCCAGCUUGCCAUGAAUGCUUGUGGAAGUUCAACAGAAUCAGCACAUGUAGACACACCUCAGGACAUUUCACAAGACACUUUGCAGGCUACAGUGGAGGAUGGUUUAUCGGUAACGCACUCAAGCAAGUGUCAGUUGACAUUAUCUACAGAUUCGGCACAAGAUUCCCAAUAUAAGAACCAACCAGAUACAGAAAUGGUGGAAAAAAGAGAAGAGGAAAAAAAAUUUGUAUCAGAGAAGUCUGUGGUGUUAACUCAGAACUCUGCUUUUAUUAAACUUCCCCACAUAGACUCUGCACAACAGUCAUCAUCUUCACACAGAGAGCUUUCAUUAUCCACAGCUGGAAGGAAACUGAUGACUGUUCACUCAGAGCCGCUGUUUGAACACCACGAUCUUCCCAAUCUGCCCAAAUCGGAGACUUUUUAAGCCAGCUAUUGAAUUUUUUUGACUUUUGUAAGUCGUAGAAUUUUAAGAAUCCUUCCUACUGUUGUCUUUUUUUCAGUAUCAUUCUUCCUAACAAAUGUUUCUCAAUUUCUCAAAGGGAUGCCAAAUUUUACCUCCAGAAUGAAGGACUACGUUACUGCACCACAUGGUCAAUAUACUGUAAUACAUUGUACUGUGUCUGAAUAGAGAUGCUUCCAAAAAUCACACAAUGUUCACUUUUCAUGGAUCAGGUAAUAAUUGGUUUACGAUAGCUUAUUAACUCUUAGCAAAAAAAAAAAGGUCUUAAUCUCAUCAGUUUAGGCUUUUGAGAUGCUACGCAAACUGUCCAGGAAAAAUCUUAAAUCUUUAAUAGAUCACUCAAGUGUUUCUUAAAACAAGAAAAGGAUUUAAAUAAAGUGAGCUGGCUCACUGUUAGACAUGAGCCACAAAUAUUAUCCUCAGAUUUGUAAUACUGUAUAUUUUUAUGUCUUUUUAAUUAAUUUAUGUGGUGGUUUUUUUGCCUUUUUUUCCUAGUUCCAACAAAACAAUUAGUGAACUAAAAAUUCUUGGCUGAAAACAGCCACAAAUCCACUGCACAGAAAUCUGAAACCAAAAGAAACUGAA